CGUCGACAGGGAGUCAGAGCGCAACCAAUUUGGUUGCAUUGAAAACUACUUCUUCCUUGAGGUUUUUUCAAAAAGCUGACAAUUUUCUUGUAAACAUGUUAUGAGGUCCGCUCCAUACAAUCAUCCUUAUUUUCGACAGAAUAAGCCAUUACUUGUUAUUAUGUAAGUGAAUAUUGAAAAUCAUCAGCAUGAAAUGAACUAAAAUUGAAAAUAUCUACUAUUCAUGAAGCUGAUUUAGAUGUGUUGAGCGUUGAGUGUUGUUAUAAAACUGUACUGGUAUUUUUUUCAUGUAUGGCCAGAAUUAUCAAUGGCGUUUUCAAGAGAUUCCAUUUAUUCCUAUUGUUUGUUUUGAUAAUAUCUGUGAUAGGAUUUUUACUUGUGGCCAUAUAUCCUAUAAACGAUAACAGAGGUAUAAAUCAUAGUCAAAAUGAAGAUGAGCAAAUUAAUGAUUUGGAAGAAUUCCAUGUUAAUGGAGAUCCAAUACCACAAUCUGAUGGACAUAAGUUAGCAGUUAUUAUACCAUUUCGUGAUAGAUUUGAAGAACUGAUGGUUUUUGUUCCUCAUAUGAGUACAUUUUUAAGAAAUCAAAAUGUUCCCCAUAGAAUAUUUGUUAUAAAUCAAAUUGAUACAUAUAGAUUUAACAGAGCAUCCUUGAUAAAUAUUGGUUUUUUAGAAAGUAAACAGGAAUGUGAUUAUAUUGCUAUGCAUGAUGUUGACUUAUUACCACUGAAUCCAGCUUUAAAUUACAAAUAUCCUCAAAAUGGUGUAUUCCACAUAGCUGCUCCAAAUCUACAUCCUUUAUAUCAUUAUGAAAAAUUUGUAGGUGGAAUUUUGUUAAUUACCGGAGAAAAUUUUGAAAAGUUGAAUGGUUUAUCUAAUAAAUAUUGGGGCUGGGGUUUAGAAGAUGAUGAAUUUUAUGUUAGAAUGAAAAAACAGGGUAUAAAGAUUUAUCGACCUGAAGGAAUUACUACUGGUAAUAAAACAUUUCAACAUAUUCAUGAUAAACGUAGACGAACUAGAGAUAAAGAUAAGUUUUUUGAUCAAAGAGAGAAAACAAGAAGAUUAGAUAAAGUAACUGGUGUUAAUACUGUACAAUAUACAAUAGAUAGUCAACAUGAUAUGGUUAUAGAUGGUGGAAAAGUUACCAUAAUAAAUGUCAGGUUAAAAUGUGAUAUUCAGUCAACACCAUGGUGCUUAAUGAAAGAAGAUCAUGUUCUGUAUGAACAGUUAAAAGAUAAACAGAAGAGAGUAAAGUAA